UCGCGCUCGAUCGCCGCUUUUAUCGUCUGUGAUAUUACGUUUUUAUUGGCCAAAAGGGCCAGAGUGCCGAAAAGCACACCAAAGCCGCUUAGGUUCAAAAAUAAAUAUUUCGAUUUUUUACUGAGCGAACUUGAGCUGGGCAUUAAGCCACGCAAUGAAAACGAUAAACCACACCAUCGGCUUUCUGCUAUUGGCAGCUUACCUUCCUUGCCUAACCUGGGCAGCCCCUGCCCUCCACUUCAGAGAUCCGGCGCCAGAUGAACUGGAGGCCUAUCCCACGUCGCCCAGCCAGGUGCUGCCCAUUCAACCCGUGCUGAUCUAUCCAAAGCCACGCGAGAAUCUCUACCAGGCGCGAACCCUGGCAGGACGAAAUGAAGAGCAGGACAUCAUCUUCGUGAAGCUGCUGGAGGACAAGUCCGGUGGCUAUCGGCCGAAGCAGCAGCGCCUUGUCCUGGAGGAUACGAAACCCUCGCAGCGCAAGAACCUGGGCCUGAAGGACAUAUUCUAUGUGAAGGCCCUCACCAACGGGCGAUUCAGCCACGAACGCCUGAAGGUCUACCGAGUGCCCGAGUUCUACGCCAUCAGCGUGUUCAGCAACGGCGACAAAUGAGGCAGGACACCGGGUGUUAACGAUAAAAGGAGUAAUAUAAGUUAUUUUUAAGACGCUAUAAAUAAAUACCUCAGGAGUGCCGAAGUGCAGUGUCGUUUUUGUUGCUCUGAACUCUUAUCGCGGCGCCACUUUGCGUUCGCGGAUUUACACACAAUUUCAAUUACUCAUAAGC